GCUCAUGCACCUCUCUUGGAUUAAAGAGAGAGAGGGACAGGGAGAUAGGCUGGCUGCUUGAGGGUGACUGGAAAGCAAUUGAAUUGAAGCAAAGUCAAGGGCAGAACACGGCACAAGACCGGUAAGACCCUUGGCAGCGAGCUGAGGAAAAGUUGGAGUGGCAUCACUUCAGAGAUUCAAAGAGAUCUUGCUGGCCAUCACUUGCUAGUACAUCACUCGGCCAAUAAAAAGACGUGCUCAAGGAAAGCGCAGGAAGCAUGGACUUGGAUGUCGAGGGGAUUAUCCAUUGCAUCAAACAGGGGGAUGAGAACGGUGUUCAAAUACAGCUGCAGGAGUUCAACAAAGAGUAUGCCCAGUGCUUCUUCUUUGAUGCAGAGGAGAGGGAACGUUCCAAACAAAGAAAACUAGAGGAGUUCAGGAAGAAUAAAGUGAGGGACUAUGAGGAUUCUGACUCCGACGUUGAUGAGUGCGAGCCUGAAGAUCGAGGCCUCCUCCUCAGACAGAAUUUAGCUCUUGUCCUCAUGAGAUUCAUAAGAUCAAGAGUCAAACAACGUCUGUUGAGGGUGUCACUGCGCACCCUGAGGAUCCUCUCCAGGGACAAAAAGAUCUUGGGCCCCUUGGUGACUGACAGCGGCCUUUUGACUUUGGCCAAUCUCGCUGGGCUGACGACAAGUGACACCAGCGACGAAACAAACGACCCUGACUCCGAUUUCUAUGACAACAUCAUCGCUUCUCUCGCGGAAGCCAACAUUUAUCAGAGUCACGUCAAUGAGGAUGAAGGCGAGGCGGAGGACGGUGAUGAGAACGACGAGUGCCCCGCUAUUGAUGAGGACUCCCAGAGCGACCUCAGCAAUGCCCACAGUGCAGAUCUGGACAGCGUGAGCUGGUUCGGGAGCCACAGAACCAGCAUCAAUGAAAUGCACAGAGGUGGAACCCAUCAAAAGGUGCUGGAGCGAGGGAAGAGGGAUCGGAGAGAGAGCAAGGUGGUUGUGGAGGAAGAGGAGGAGGAGGAAGAAGCGGCACCGGGAGACGAGGCACUAAGAAAAGAGGCCAUGAAGGUGUUGUGCAAUGUGGUUUACAACAGCACCUGGGCGCAGGAGCGGUUCAGUGCUCUCAGCCUCCUGAGCGGUCUCAUUGAGCACCUGUCCUCCAGUGUCAACUGGUCAUGUCCCUCCAGUGUUCAGUUCUACGAGCUGCGCCUGAUGUUCCUCACCACUGCACUACGGCCAGAGCUCGGCACUCAGCUACAACAGGCGGGAGGCGUGCCCCUCCUCACAGCAGCCUUGGAGAGCAUCCUGGCGGUGCAGUGGAAGGACCAGUAUGAGUGCGUGCUGGACCGGGCGGCACCACCCAUCUCUCUGGAAGCCUCCCAACGCAUCGUAGAGAUCCUCAAAAUCUUCUUCAAUAUCACCUACAGCAGCCACAGGCACGAGCCAAGUGAGGAUGAUGCAGCUCUGUACCGACACCUGGUGGCCAUCCUGCGUCUCUGCCUAAUGAGGAAGUGUCUGCUGGCAGACGAUACUACUGAGCUGCAGGGUCACACCGUCAACCUGCUCUCGGCGCUGCCUCUCCAGUGUCUGGACGUGCUGCUCACGGUGCCCCUGGAGCCGGAGUCCAAGCAAUGUCUGGGUGUCAACAUGGACUGUGUCCACGCCCUGCUGACUUACAUGGAGAACCGCCUGGAGAUGGGGGAUAGAAUCAAAGAAAAGCUGACGCCGAUCCUCAAUCUGCUGACAGAGAGCUGCAGGGCCAACAGAGAAACACGCAUCUACAUCAGGAAACAGAUCCUGCCUCCUCUGAGAGAUGCAUCACAAAAACCAGAAGAAGGCUGCACAGUGAAGAGUCGGCUGAUUCGACUCAUGACUCAUCUGGACACAGAUCUCAAACACUGCGCCGCUGACCUCAUCUUUGUCCUCUGCAAGGAAAAUGUGAGGCGCUUUGUCAAGUACACAGGUUACGGUAAUGCGGCGGGCCUGCUGGCCACCAGGAAUCUGCUGGGAGGCCAGACGGCCAGGAACUCCGGUGCUCAGUACUCCAGUGACUCUGACUCAGACACAGAGGAGUACCGGCAGGUCAGAGACAGCAUCAACCCGGUGACGGGCCGGGUGGAGGCACAGCAGCCAGACCCCAUGGAGGGAAUGACCGACGAGGAGAAGGAAGAGGAGGCCAAGAGGCUCAUGGUGCUCUUCAACAAACUGUCCAGCCAUGACAUCAUCCAGCCAAUGGGAGUGGAUGAAGAAGGGAAGCUUGUCCCGCUGUCGGGACUCGGGGGAAAUCCUCCGGCUGAGGAGCCAGAGAGUGACGGAGAAACAGAGGAAGGAGACAAGAACUGAAACACAUUAAUUAUGUUGCUUCACUUCACUCAUUUUAUAAACAUCUCAUUAUUUACGUUUUUUCAGCUCAUAAAAAUCUUGUUGUAACUGUGUGGAUAACCCAGAAAAAGAGAGUGAUAGUCCAUCCACCCAGCUCACUCAUUCAUUCUGACAGCAAGUAAACUAAUGAUAUGACGUGAUGAUUUUCUUUUUUUUUUUAUUUCUUCGUAUUUGGAUUCAGACUUAUAAUACAGAUCGUAGAGCAGCUUUCACACUGGUUUCAGUCAAGAAUGGAAUUCUUGACAUGUUGUAGUUGCUGACAAUAAACUGAUUUCCUGAUUAUUAUAAUGCCCGUAAGUCUUUCAAUAAAGGUUUUAAAUGUGUUAAAA